GGUUGGUAUGGUAUACCUUGUCUAGUAAGAAAGUAGUACAUAAACAACAACCACAAAAUCGUGGGUGAGAAUCAGGCGGUAGCUUCGUUUUUGUUACGGUUAAAUCUUUAUUUUGUUAACAAAAGCUGUUUGAGGGAUUCAAUUUUCGGGCUUUCCUUGUGGUAUCGUAGUAACUUAUAAGCAGCACUUUUCUUGACUUUUGGAAUUCAAUAGGCUGUAUACGGCUUGGUUUUUGCAAACAUUCUGGUUGGAACUUGGAUACCUUUAAGGUGAAUUUCCUUGUCCUGUAUUCAGUUCUGGUUCUUGUACACAUUCCGGUUCUGGUCUUUUUCAUUUUCUUCUGUUGCAAAAAUGACGGACAGAACACUAGACUUCUUCCGUUUAAUUGAGAAAGACAGCAAUGUUAAGCUUGCGGAGCUCAGUUUACGACGACCGAAAACAAAAGACUUUGAUGACUCAUUCUUAAACGAGGCUAGAAUCAUAUACAACUCUAUUUACAAACUACAAGUUUUUCUUUCUCGAAUCAGACAUGCUUAUUUGAAGUCCAUCCAUGUCCGAAACUACAGUGCUCUAACAAAACCGUUGAUGGAAUGCUCUCGAGAAGAGCUCGACAAACUCGAGCUUAGUGAUGUUCAGCGAGAUGAAAUCGACCAAGAGGCCUCUACAAUUAUAAACAUUUGUGUUAGCAGGAUUAAGGCAUUGGAGCAAGCGGAAGAAAACACUAAGACUGAACUUGGAGAGAAGCAUUGGUACGAAGGUUUAAAAAACCCGGAAAAACGUGCCCGCAAAGAACUGCUCCUAGCUCAUCAUUCUGGCGUGCUAUGGUUUCUACAGAACUCGUUAUCCAAAGUCUCAGAGACUCUAUUCACAUUACAAGAAACGCGUUUUGAGCAAGCCAAGACAAGCUCACUACUUAACAACAACUGGCAGAAUCGAUCUUAUUCGCCGCCUCCUCGUGUACAAUUAUCGCAAUCCGACUUUUCUCAGAAUCUGUCACAAACUCAGAUACAGGAACUAGAGGAUGAGAAUGAAUUGCUCUUACAAGAAUUUGAAGACACUAUGCAGCGGGUGCAGUACACGAGUCGUUCCUUAAACGAAAUUAUACGACUGCAAGCUGAAAUUUCAAAGCAGCUCUCGCUACAAGCUGCACAAACGGAUAAAUUAUAUGAAGAUGCUAUGAUAACUUCUGAUACAAUAUCUAGUGGAAACACUCAGCUGAAACAAGCACGUUCACGAAACAGUCGGGCAGCAAAGGGUUUAUUUAUCGUAUUCCUUAUUUUAUCGUUUCUUCUCGUGGCGUUUGAUCGUAUUCUUUAAACCCAUACUUAUGAAUUUGAUGCAAGGGAGCCAUAACGAGCUAUAAUGUUUCAUAGAACUAUGAGCAAACUAAUGUAAAGUAAUCGGAAAUAGAACGAUGUGACUUACGGUUAAAUUGCAUCUACGUCUUCAAUUUGUCUCUUACUGACAUUCUAUUACUUACUUGAUUGUUAUUUCAUACACCGCCAGACCACGGACACUCGUUCGAAUCAUCCAUAUCA